AUCAGGUCUUUUUAAUUCCCUAGCCGUUUGACGAUUACUUGUGUUAGCAUUUUAUUUCUCAAGUUGAAUGAAAAUGCCAAAAGGAUAUUGAGAUAAUCUGAACCUUCCAUUGCUACUUUGUCAUUUUCUUUGUCGUCAACUUUGGUUAGUUUAGGCAUAUAUUUCCUUGCAAUCAUCAUCUAAAUUCUGUCGCUUAUCAUUAGCCGAGCGUUGUUGCCGUCGCCUAGUCCCUGUGGAGAACACGACACUUGCAGUUUGGGUGAAAUAUCCAGCUGUACUUACAAUUGAUCAUUUUGGCACCGUUGCCGGGGACUAGCAUCGAGCAAUUGUGUGAAGCUAUAGACUAGGCUUAGUAUAGUUUUUGUUUAAAUUUCCAGUCAAAUUUAUUUCUGUGUUUCUUUUACCUUUUUACUUUUUGUUCCUUCGUCUUAUUAGGGUACUAACCCUCUCACCAGUCUUUGAUGUUUGUGAUCGUGUGUAGGAUAUCUUACUAUUUGUAGGCUCAUUGACAGUUGCACUUGAACAUAUGGCUUUAGUACAUGAUCUUUGGUUGCCAAGUAGUUUGGACACGAUGACAGGGCCAAUUUGGCCAUCUAUUGAGGCCGAAAUUUUUGAGUUGAGGCCUGGACUUAUUGCUCUUGUCUUGCAGAAUCAGUUUAGAGGAUUACCCAAUGAAGACCCUCAUGAGCACAUUAGUAAUGUUCUGGAGUAUGCCAAUACAGUCCAGUACCAUGGCGUUUCCCAAGAUGCUAUCAAGUGUAUGUUGUUCACAUUCUCUCUCAGAGAUGCUGCUAAGGACUGGUACAAUUCUUUGCCAUCAAGAUCAUACACUUGGGGUGAUAUUUCGCAAGCUUUCCUGCAUAGAUAUUUUCCACUUUACAAGCAAGCUCCAUGUUAGAGUACGUAAUGGGCCUAAUGGGCCCGUUAGUCUUAGGGUUAAUUAGAGAUAAGAGUCGCUUUCUUAGGGGUCAAGUAAGCCUUGCUUGGGAGUCAAGUAAACCUCCCUAUAUAAAGAGAGGAGAUGUAUCAACCUAAUCAAGCAAGAAUUAAGAAGGAAAUCCUUCCAUCUUGCCCGGCCGUGGGCAAAAGGCCCCCGGCCGGCCUUCUUGCGCCCUCCUUCUAGCAGCGCCAUAACAAUUUGGUAUCAGCUAGCUUCGGUUCGAUCAUGUCUUCACCGCUGCCCAACCCGUCUCUUCCGCUGCCGGUCACGACCGUCGCCCCGCUCCUGCCCGCGCCGGGAUCCUCCGUCGCGCCCGCCCCCGUCGUCCUCACCCCGGAGGUGUCCGGGGCGCUGCGGGACCUAACACAGGCGGUCCAGGAGAUCCACCUGUUCUUGGCCAGGUCCUAUGGGCCGCACCCGGCUGCGCCGCCCAUCACCGCCACCGCGCCGCCGUGGCUGCCGUGGCAGCCGCCGCACCAAGCGGCCCCCGCCGCGCUCGCCGGGCUGCUGCAGCAGCCGCUGCAGCUGCCAUCCAUCGCCCCGUCCUGGCUGUCGUGGCAGCCGCCGCACCAGGCGGCCUUCGCCGCGCUCGCCGGGCCACUGCAGCUGCUAUCCAUCGCCACCACCGCUCAGCCCUGGCUGCACUGGCAGCCGCCGCUCCUGCCGGCCUUCGCCGCGCCCGGCGCUCCGCCGCAGCAGCCGCUGCCGCUGCCCGGUGCGCCACCGCCGCAGCCGCUGCCGCAGCCACCGCCGGUUAGCUCCGGCCCCGCAUCGACCGCGCCGGCGGGAGUCCCGCUCCACCAAGUCCAGUCCCCGCCGUCGCCGUCACCGCUUCCGUCUUGGAUCGCUACCUGCCACGUGUCGGCGGCGGUGAGGCUGCAGGCUACUGCGCGCGGCCUCCUAGCGCGUCGGCGUGUGCGGGAGAUGCGUGGUCUGCAGCUGCCGCUCCUCCAAGUUGCCCUUCGCUGCGCAAAGGACCUCGAUCUCAUCCGCUCCGCCGGGGAUCUUGGGCAUGCGGUUUCCCCCACGGGCAGCGGGCAUGCUGUUUUCCCCACGGGCAGCGACCUCCAAGUCUGCGACAUUGGCGGUUGGGGGGACGCACCCCUCCUCGUCAUUCUCCAUCGCAAGCCCCCCACUCUUCCCUGUGCGGUGCAGACCAACAGUCGUCCGGCAGGAAGAAGGCAUGGUGUCACCGAUAACAACGCACCACGUAGCACCACUGCAUUCCGUCACCGGGCGCCGCAAGGGCGCCUCUGCUGGUCACUCUUGCGACCACUUCCAGGUGGCCAUACACAUGCACUCCUUUUGUCCAGAUGGUGUCCAUGGGAUCCAGGUGGCUGUACACGUGCACGUUCGACGUGCGGAUGGUAUCCACUUUUUGUUAAGAGGUCCAAAAUAAAUCGUCCCAGUCCAUUUCAGGUUGAGAAUAAUAAAACAAGCCGAGAUGUAAAAGGCUUGUUUUUAGGUGUUAGGUUUGGGUUGCGUCGAGUCAUGGUUAUAAGUUUGUUAGGCUGCAGCUUGAGGACAAGCUGCAUGUCCAGGUGGGGUGUAGUGUUAGAGUACGUAAUGGGCCUAAUGGGCCCGUUAGUCUUAGGGUUAAUUAGAGAUAAGAGUCGCUUUCUUAGGGGUCAAGUAAGCCUUGCUUGGGAGUCAAGUAAACCUCUCUAUAUAAAGAGAGGAGAUGUAUCAAUCUAAUCAAGCAAGAAUUAAGAAGGAAAUCCUUCCAUCUUGCCCGGCCGUGGGCAAAAGGCCCCCGGCCGGCCUUCUUGCGCCCUCCUUCUAGCAGCGCCAUAAUGGGCCUAAUGGGCCCAUUACGUACUCUAACACUCCAAUUCGUGACCAGAUCCUCAGUUUUGUGCAAGAUGGAAGUGAGAGCUUGUAUGCAGCUUGGGAGAGAUAUAAGUAUUUUCUUAGAAAAUGUCCUAAUCAUGGGCAAAAGGAUUGGUUAGUGCUUCAGAUAUUCUAUAGAGGGCUGACACAUGCUUCAAGAGGUCUUAAUGAUAUUUCAGCUUGUGGAACAAUCAUGAACAAGACCGUUGAGGGUGCAAUUAUUCUCAUUGAGAGCAUUGCCUUCCACCAAAUGCAAUGGGGUUAUGAAAGGCCUAGUUCAAAUCCAAAGGUUGCAAGCUGUGUGCAAUCAGAAGCUGUGUGUUCCAUAAGUGAACAGAAAUCAUCCAUAGUGCCUAAUAUUCAAAACCAGCAUGUUUCAUUCCAGGGACAACAACAUCCAGAACUGAAUUAGAGCCUCCAUAUAGAAACAUUGAUCUUACUUCAAUUAUCCUUGAUGAUGAUUAUGAUAUUUUCCAAGAUGAUGCAACCACUGUAGAUCAGAUGGAUACCACAGUAGCAGAUCCAAUACCUCAUGGCAAUGAAACUGUUCAGAAUGAGUCAAAGUUGCAAGAAGAGGUUUAUGAGGAACCUACUCUGAUUGACGCUAAGUUGAGACAGCAAGAUAUGGAGAAAUUCACUUGUGUUAGUCAGCUAUCUGACUGGCAGAAUUUAGUCGUGUCACCAAUUGCCCACACUUGUGUUACAACUGUAUCUGGACUAUUUGUCAAGAAGAAAUCAUUAGCUCCACCAGUGGUUACCUCUAUCACAGUUAAAGAGAGUAUCUCAGAGAAGAAUAGUGAAGAUGAGAUUCCAACUCGUGCACAUACAAUUAAGCAAGUCGGAGACAUUCCAAGGAGAGAGAUACAAGAGGUUGAGUUAAAUUUAGAAGAGUUGAUACUUCAAUAUCCUGAGAAGAUCCCAUGUGUUGCUGAGCUGCAUGACUGGUGGAAGUCAUCGGUGUCACUGUUGAAACUUAGCAAUGAUGGUGAUGAGGAGAACAUUGCUCAGGAAGACAGCGAGGUAGUGAUCUCAGCACCCCUACCAGAUCAUGUUAGUGAAUAUUCACAGAUGGGGACACUUCAGACUCAAUUAAGUGUUGCUGGUAGUAGCACCAUAGAAGAUCCAGAGGAAGAGAGACCUCAGAUUGAAGAUGUACUCGAAGCCAAGGCAGAAGACGAUCCAGAGAUCGAACAACCAAGUAAUCAAGUUGAAUACUCUUCAUCUACUACUCUUGAAGAAGCAAAAGAAGCUGCUGUAGAUGAACUUGAAGAACCAGAAAUUCAUUUGCCUAUUGUCACAUAAGAGCGUGAUGUAGCAGGUUCGAGGUGACAUUCCUUGGGACCCUGGUGGACUCAGAGCACGGUGAAGAGGAGAAGCAAUGGGGCACACAUAUGGAAGAGAGAAGCUGGAGAAGGCAUGAGGAUUGAGAUGCAAAAGGAGAGGAGCUGCAGUUGGUGAGGUGAUCGAGCGAGUGCUACAUCAUCAAAGCCCGGUGAGCUGUUUCAUGACCCAUUUUGAAAUCAUCAUCCAUUGAUGCUUGCUGAAUUAAAUUGCUAUUUGGGUUGCUUGUGCCAUUUCUUAAAUGUUGUCCCACUGAAUUUCACCUUUGACAUAUGGUGCUUGAUGAGAAUAUGCGAACUGAUUGUUGAAUGCCUUGUAAACUAGUGAUCUACACCCUGUUUGCUCUGCUGAAAGUAGUGAAAGCUAUUAGUUUUGAGUGCUCAAAUCCCUAGUGCACUAGUAAACUUAAUCAUUUUCUGCUUUUACCUUGAUACACUUAGAUCAUUAAGUUUUAGAUGUUGAGUUUGUGCCUAUUGUGUUCCCAUUGAGAGCAAUCACUUUACCACUAUGGACUAGUAUGCUAUGUUCCCUGGAUCGGUAGCAUGUGAACCAGACAUGGAGAAGUGAUGAUUCUUGUUUUUGUGCUUAUGCAUUGUUCAUUUAAGAUAAGUAAUAAUGAAUAAAUAAGUCUGACUACCUACAGUAGCAUGUCAUGUUCCCUUGAUCGGUGGCACGUGAAAUUGGGUUAGCUUGGGCAGUAAUUAAUAAUAAAAAUGUAAUUGUCGAACCAGGUGUUCUCUGGAUUGGUGGUAUGUUCCUUUGGGGAGACAAACAAAAAAACUAAUAAUUGGUCGAGCCGGGUGUAUACCAUGUUCUCGGGAUCGGUGGUAUGUUCCUUUGGUGAGAUUGAUAAAAUAUUACCAUUGCUUUAUUUCUAUAAAUAAGUGAUCUGAUCACAAGUUUAUGUUGUUUUUGUUCUUGGGAUCAUGCUCUCUUUAGGAACCUUUGGCGCAAUCAUCAUUUGAACUAGUUGAUCUUCUUUUAUCAUUGUAAACGUUUAAAAUGGUCAAGUCUACCAGUAUCCUACCGCUUUGAAGCACUCCUAACUAUUAAUUUUCACUAGCUAAGUCCAAAGCAUGCAUUGUUUAGAGAUCUACUUCACUUGGCAUUCUCUAGUCAGUUCUCUAUUCACUAUCGAGUUCGUGUCAUAUGCCUUUACUUGAGGACAAGUAAAGAUUUAAGUGUGGGGGAACUUGAUAAGCACACUUCUUAUACAUCUUUUGGCACUCAAAUAUGCGAUUUAUUGAGAUAUGACCAUCAAUUCUUGCUGUGAAAUGUUGAAUAUUUGAAUGAAAAUCAUAUAAAAGAUCAUUUACUCGUCAUGUGAUUAUUUUGCAGAAAAGUGCGCAAAGGCACUAUAAUCGUCAAGAUUCUGACUUUAUGGCUAAUGAGAAGGGAGAAGGGCAUGAAAGAAAUACAUCAAGGACCUGAGCGAGAAGAAAAGAAGUAACCAGGGGCGUGCCAAAGAAGUUGGAGGGACCAUCUUGUGAAGAAAGAAGAGAAGUAGAAGGGCCAAAGAGCAAAGCAGCAGAUCUGAUCGAGGGGAACAAAAUCCCUAGAAUGCCUCUAUUCCCCAAGGGGCCUGGCACAUCUCUCCAUCUCAUCUCUUUCCCGCCUUCUUCUCCACCUCCGGCUGCUGCCGCAGCCAGGCCAUCGUGGUGGCGCGCCACCCAGACAACCUCCUUCCUCCAACACCAUCAUCGCCUCCAGCUACCACGCCAUCAGCACCUGCCGCUGCACCAUUAACCGCACCACCAGCUCCACCGCGCCACCGCAUCACCGGUGGGCCACCAACCAGCGCACCUCCCUCACCCUGCUGCUCAUCUUCUUCUCCCCACCACGUCCAAACUGCUGCCGCUCUUCUCUCCACGCCUAUACUGCUGCUGCUUCUUCCCCUCGAUAUUCUGCUGCUCUGCUCUCUAUACUCUGCUGCUGCCCCUGUCUCCUAACACUACUGCUGCACUUCUUCUGAAGCUUUUCUCAAACCCAAGAAUCUGCUGCUGCUCCUCCCCUAACACGGCUGCUUCUUCUCCAUCCCCACGCUGCUGCUUUUUCUUCAAGUCCCCUGCUGCUUCCUUCUGCUUCAGGAUGACACCCCUUUGCUGAUUCUCUUCUCUGUAUCUCAACCCCCACUGCUUGCUGCCCCUUCUCUCUUCUGCUCGCUGCUAUCUCUUUCCCUCUCUCUUCUUUGAAUUUUCUGUAAUUGGAGACGUGUAGUACAUGUAAUAUUCAGAUUUGAUAAGAUCUUGCAACCUGACAAUUGUUCAGCUUCUUACUUAUAAAUAUUAUAUCACAGAUUGUGUAUUCUCACUA